CAAAAAAACAACGAAAACCCCGAGGAAGCGAUAUUCUUUAAUAGGAAGGAUCUUGACAGUUUGCCGAAUACGUCCGCUUCGACUAGGGCUGUGAAAGGAGAAGUGGUAGUAGAAAAAUUUGUGGAAACUUUAAUGUCUAGUGAGAGAUAUUUGAAAAUGAUUGAGUCUGUUGAGAGGAAAGUGAAUCACCUAGACGCAACCUUCCACGAGAGAACAAAUAGUAUCUUAAAGUAUGUUUCGGAGAUGUUACGAACCAUGAAGGCGGGACCAGGAGACCUGAUGGAGAAUACCUUGCGGUCAAUAAAGACGGAUCUCGAUAAGCUGAAGAUGUCUGUCACAGAACGAUUGGAGCGUCCAACUAUGCGUGAUUCCGUGGACGGCGGUGAUUUUCACGCCGACGCCACGUUGGACUCGCGCCUCUCAUUGAUGGAAACACAGAUUAAAAACAUUAUGUCCGGCGUCGACUCUAUCGUCUCUAUCAUCUCUGAGGUCAAGACACGGAAUUCCGCAAGAACUUACACUACCAAGUCGGACCUCGGGUUGGAUUCCAUGACACUCAUAAACGAGUUCAGGAAAACUUUGCACGAGUCCAAGAGGAAAUGUGACUGCAAAUCGGGUCGUGUGGAUCGCUCUGAGCGGUACCCGACAGACUGCCACGAAAUCCAAAUGCAGGGCUUCAACGUCUCCGGAAUCUACAAAAUCAAGCCAGACGACAUGGAGCCCUUCUAUGUGCUUUGCGAUCUCACCACGGCAGGUGGAGGAUGGACUGUACUGCAAAACCGUUUUGACGGUUCUCAAGAUUUCUACAAAAGCUGGAAUGAUUACAAGAAUGGUUUUGGCAAUCUAGCGGGAGAAUUUUGGUUAGGACUGGAAAAGCUCAAUUACCUCACUAACCAGAAGCUAUACGAACUGAGGAUAGAGAUGGAAACGCAGCACGGACAGGAGGCGUAUGCGGGAUUUUCGGUAUUCACAGUCGGCCCAGAACUUGAAGGAUAUAGAAUAAGCACUCUUGGAACUUAUUACGGCACUGCAGGCGACUCGUUGUCGUAUCACGCUGGACAAAAGUUUUCAACGAUGGACUCCGACAAUGAUGAGUGGAAAGACGGCGGUUGUGCAAUAGAACACGGAGGGGCCUGGUGGUAUAAAGAGUGUGAUAAAAGCAAUCUCAAUGGCAAAUAUUCGACUACAGCGGACGAGCACAGGGGACAAUCAAUUUAUUGGAUAUCUUUCAAAGGGCCAAAUUUCCCACUUACAAAAACAAAGAUGAUGAUCAAGCCAUUACCCGCGAGUAGACCGAACGACCUGGUUGAACAAUCCAGGAAAAUUAUAGAAAGUUCGAAACAGAGGACAAAAGCAACGGAAACCCAAGUUAGUCGUCCAAAGGAGACAAAUAGCGGCUACGACGCAAAUAAAUUCCACCGUGAUGGUCGCAAAGAAUUUUUCACAAGUUACGCAUGAAAAUAAGUAGGCAAACUCACCGAAAGGCCAAAAAUUCGACAAUAAUUAUACGAGAAUGUUAGAACACAAAAUGAGUAUUGUGUUCUUGGAUAUAUAAAAAGUGUUUCGUAAACACUUUUCGCCAGAAAGUUACAUUGCACAGAGACAACUAGUUUGUAAUUUUAAAACAUAAGUCUAUUGUUAAAUAAUUGAUAAACGACUACAACAGAAUUGUAUAAUGUACGACUAUUGUAAUAAAUCCUUUGGGUAUACAAAAACAUAUAAUUACCAAAGGAUUAA